UAUAUCCCGGCAUACCAUCGAACGGAACACAACACCAUCUUUAUUGGUGAACACACAGCUCCGACUCAUGCUUGGAUCAGCUCGUCUCUGCACUCCUCUAUAAGAGGUUCAGUACAGCUACUAUUGGAGUUGGCAUUGGUCAAUGAAGCAAAAGAAUCCAAUGCAAAAUGGAUGGGUAAAUGGAUCAAACGAGGCAAAUGA